ACCCAGCCAGCAGGGUUUGUGACCGCCUCUGCUGUGACGCCACAGCCUGGUGAAGAGGGGGCUGAAGUUCCUCAGGAAACUGCCAGUGGACAAAUUCAUAAACAAGAGUUCCAGUUUCCUGGAACCUGAGUCGGGAGGCCUGCAACUCACUUUCUCCCUGUUUGCUGGCCCAGACAGGCCUGUGCUAGAGGGCUGGAUAGUGUGGUAGUGUGGUGGAUAGAGUGCUGCCUCUAUCUACAACGCAGCCAUAUGCUGACUGAAAGAUAACUUUGUGUCUGGAAGAGCCCUUUGAUUUCUUACACCAAUGGCCUUACACGAGAUGGAGGAUUUUACAUUUGAUGGAACAAAGCGCUUAAGUGUCAACUACGUGAAGGGAAUUCUUCAACCCACAGACACUUGUGACAUCUGGGAUAAGAUCUGGAACUUCCAAGCCAAGCCUGAUGACCUGCUUAUUUCUACCUAUCCUAAAGCAGGAACAACAUGGACUCAGGAGAUAGUGGAAUUAAUACAAAAUGAAGGUGAUGUGGAGAAAAGUAAACGGGCACCGACUCAUCAACGAUUUCCUUUCCUCGAAAUGAAAAUCCCAUCCUUAGGAUCUGGUUUGGAACAAGCUCAUGCAAUGCCCUCACCACGGAUCCUGAAAACACAUCUUCCCUUUCACUUGCUGCCACCAUCCUUGCUAGAGAAAAACUGUAAGAUAAUCUAUGUAGCAAGAAAUCCCAAGGACAACAUGGUGUCCUAUUACCAUUUCCAAAGAAUGAAUAAAGCACUUCCUGCUCCAGGAACAUGGGAAGAGUAUUUUGAGACUUUUCUGACUGGGAAAGUGUGCUGGGGCUCCUGGCAUGAACAUGUGAAAGGAUGGUGGGAAGCCAAAGACAAACACCGCAUUCUCUACCUCUUCUAUGAGGACAUGAAGAAGAACCCAAAGCAUGAAAUUCAGAAGCUGGCAGAAUUUAUUGGGAAGAAAUUAGAUGACAAAGUUCUAGAUAAAAUUGUCCAUUACACUUCAUUUGAUGUCAUGAAACAGAAUCCAAUGGCAAACUAUUCAUCGAUUCCUGCUGAAAUCAUGGACCACUCCAUUUCUCCGUUCAUGAGAAAAGGGGCAGUGGGAGACUGGAAGAAACACUUCACCGUGGCUCAGAAUGAGAGAUUUGAUGAAGAUUACAAGAAGAAAAUGACUGAUACCACACUAACUUUCCACUUCCAGUUCUAGUAAGGAAGAAAAAUAACUAAAAAUGUUUUAGUUUAUUACCCAGUAUAUUUGGGUAAUAAUGAAAGUUUAAUUCUCACAACAAAUGAUAUCAGAUUCCAGUUAUCAGAAUAGUUUAUCGUGUUUGCUCUUGUUCACUCUACUAAGAAAUUAUUUUAAAAGGCUGGAGGCAAGGUGGUGACAGGCAGCAGGGUGGGGACAUGGAGAGAGGGAAGCUCAAUAAAUCACUAGUUACAAUCCUGGUAUCAUUGCCAAUUAUCAUCGUAUUCACAUUUUCUACAAUCAUGUGCUUAUUAACAUAUUGAAAAUGCUUCAGUCCUCACAUGAUAAUACACUAACAUUUUCAGAUUAAGUUUUGGUUCAAGUUAACUUUUUUUUUUUUUGAGACGGAGUCUCGCUCUGUCACCCAGGCUGGAGUGCAGUGGCACGAUCUCGGCUCACUGCAAGCUCUGCCUCCCAGGUUCAUGCCAUUCUCCUGCCUCAGCCUCCCGAGCAGCUGGGACUACAGGCGCCUGCCACCACUCCCGGCUAAUUUUUUUUUUUUUUUGUAUUUUUAGUAGAGACGAGGUUUCACCAUAUUAGCCAGGAUGUUCUCGAUCUCCUGACCCCGUGAUCCACCCGCCUCAGCCUCCCAAAGUGCUGAGAUUACAGGCUUGAGCCACCGCGCCCGGCUGGUUCAAGUUAAUUUUUAAAUGCAUCACUAACGUGUAAAUAGUGACUGUUUGUUCCUGCAAUUUUUUGGUGGUGAAGUAACCGUCAAGUGAUUCAGGUUCCUCUUGGAACCCUCCAAGAAAAACUUCAGGGUCCUAGUGUAAUACAUCUGUCCCCAUCUCUCACUGGCGUAUAUAUUUAACUGGACUCACUCUCCCACCCUCAGCUAAUGCUACAAUCCUGGAGUCACCCCUUGACUCAUCUUUCCCAUUGCCACCACAAUCCAUUCUAAUCUGUCAGCAAAAUCUGUCAGUUUUAAUCUAUGAAAUCUCUUACAAUAUUUCCAUCUAACCAUUCCUUGUUUUCCUUCUAUUUCUAUAGCCACCCUUCUGGUUCAGAAACCUUUUACUUCUUGCCUCAACUAGUGUAAUAGCUUCCUAACUCAUUUCUCUCUAUUUCACACAGAUGGCAAGGUUAUUUUCCUUAAAAAGACUCUUAUUAUGUUGUUCCUUAGCUCAAAAUCCUUCAAUGACUGAAUUUUCACUGCCUGAAAGAUAAAUCCCAAGAUUUUAGCCAUGCAUUCAAGAGCAGCUAUAACCAUAAUGACUCCAGCCUUCACUUCCAGCUUCACCUUCCAAACCACCUCCAUAUUCCAACAAAUUAGCCUACUUACUGGGUCCUAGUCACAUCUUACCGCUUCCUACCCUCCCAGUUUUAUUUAUACCAAGCCUCCUCCUGAAAUUUCCCUUCCUUUCUUUCUACCUACCCAAGACAUAUAACAUGCUUCAAUAACCAGUCCCUUCCUCCUACAAACACUACAACCUGGAAAGCACUCUUGCUUUUCUGAAGUCCUCUACACUUAAUGUAACUCUUCUGUGAUGAAGAUUAAAGUGUAUUAU